UCUCUCACACACACACACACACACACACACACACACACACACACACACAUGUUGUGUUUCCAUGUUUUAUGGGGACUUUCCAUAGACAUAAUGGUUUUUAUACUGUACAAACUUUAUAUUCUAUCCCCUAAACCUAACCCUACCCCUAAACCUAACCCUCACAGAAAACUUUCUGCAUUUUUACAUUUUCAAAAAACAUAAUUUAGUAUGAUUUAUAAGCUGUUUUCCUCAUGGGGACCGACAAAAUGUCCCCACAAGGUCAAAAAUUUCGGGUUUUACUAUCCUUAUGGGGACAUUUGGUCCCCACAAAGUGAUAAAUACACGCUCACACUCACACACACACCUACACACACUCUCACACACACCUACACACACUCCCACACACACACUCACACACACACACACACUUGCACAGACACACUCACACACACACAGACACACACACACUCACACACAUAACAGACACACAAACCCACAGACACUCACACACACACACAGACUCACACAGACACACACACACACACACACACACACUCACACUCACAGAGAGACUCUCACACACACACACACAGACACUCACACACAUACACACAGACACACACACUCACACAGACACAUACACUCACACAGACACACUCACACACACAGAGACACUCACACAAACAAAAACACACACUCACACACACAGACACACACACACACACACACUCACACAGACACACACACACACACUCACACACAUACAGACACACACACCCACAGACACUCACACAGACACGCUCACACACACUCACACAGAGACACUCACACAAACAAAAAAACAGACUCACACACACACAGACACACUCACACAGACACACACACACACACACACACUCACACACACAGAGACACUCACACAAACAAAAAAACACACACACUCACACAGACACACACACACACACUCACACACGCACACAGACACUCACACACACAGACACACACACACACACUCACACACGCACACACACACACAGACACUCACACACACAGACACGCACACACACAGACACUCACACACACUCACACAGACACACACACAGACACUCACACACACAGACACACACACACACUCACACACACAGACACACACACACACACAGACACUCACACACACAGACACACACACAGACACUCACACACACAGACACACACACACACACACACACAGACACUCACACACACAGACACACACACACACAGACACUCACACACACUCACACAGACACACACACAGACACUCACACACACAGACACACACACACACUCACACACACAGACACACACACAGACACUCACACACACAGACACACACACUCACACACGCACACACAUAUGUUUAUCAUGGUGCACUAGCUUUCUCCCACUUAAACAAAUCUUGAAGUCUUACUGCGAGAGUUGACAGAAGUUUAAUCUCCUUUUCUUUCACUAACCCUCCCCCUUUCGCGCACCCAGAGUUCUCCUCUCUUCCUGCAGGUUCGCUUCAAAGUCUGAUGUUAAUGUAAUAUGUUGGGAUUGGCACAGCGGAUAGCUUAAGUGGAAUAGCCUCUCUGCUCCUUUAGUGGAGUGGAGACUUCUGUUCUCUGCCUUUAUUAAAUGAGAGGAUGUCUUACAUAUGGUUAAAUCUCUCUUCACUGGCAAUUACAAGCCAGCACAGGGGGAAAACUGUAUUUAAACCGAUCCACAGGAACAAGGAUGCACCUGGAUCUGCCAGCAGGGAGUUUAACACACAGAUCAAUCAGUAAUGGAGUGAUGUUCACACUUACACUUGUGUGUAUACAGUCCAGAGCUCAGGAACGUUCUCACAGUAACGCACAUAUACUAGCACAUACACAGAGUCAUGUACACUUGCACAAACACACAAACUCACACACACGUUUAUGCAGACUGCUGACCGAGAACAAUCUCACCGUGUAGAUCUGAGAGGAUAAGAGUGCGGAUUACAGCGGUAACUUCACUUACACUGCUAUUACCAUACUGCUGAGAACAGGAGGAACAUUAGAGGAGGCUAUGCUUCACAAUUCCCUCCAUUCUUCUCUCUCAGCCUCAAUCCAGCUGUACUUUGUAUCCUUUUGAUUUAAAUAGGGUUCCCACCAUCAUGGAAAACCUGGAAAUAUCAGGGAAUUUAGAAAGUGUGUUUUCCAGGCCAUUUCUUCUAAUAACACUUAUUAAGCAGUUGGGCACUGAAGACACAAGUUUGUUAAGUUUAGAAAGUGGAGUUUUCCCCCCAUUCAUCCAUUAUUCCGGUCUUCAGCUGCACAAUUGAACAAAGUCUUCGUUGCCGUAUUGUGCGAUUCAUUAUGCGCCACACAUUCUCAAUUGGGGAUGGUCAGGACGGCAGACGGGACAAUCUAGCACCCGCACCCUCUGCUUAUUCUACCAGUAUUUAGUCUGAAGACACUCACACUUAAAAACACACACACACACACACACACACACACACACACAGACACACACAUACAGACACA